UCUGACAAUUGCAUAUUCCUUCAAAUUGUCACUAUUUUCGCGUCGAAAACACUAGUCCCUCACCAUGUCUAAACUCUUUGUCGGCGGCCUCGCCUGGGCCACAACCAGCGACACUCUCCGCGCCAAGUUCAGCGAAUUUGGUGAGGUCACUGACGCCAUUGUCAUGACCGACCGUGAGACUGGCCGAUCAAGGGGAUUCGGAUUCGUCACCUUCAACAGCCAGGAGGAGGCCAGCGCCGCCAUUGAGGCCAUGAACGAGCAGGAGUUCGAGGGUCGCCAGAUCCGCGUCAGCGAGGCCAACCAGGGUGGUGCCCGCGGUGGUGGCCGUGGUGGUUACGGCGGCGGCGGCGGCUACGGUGGUGGUGGUGGCUACGGCCGUGGCAGCGGCUCCGGUGGAUGGAGAGAAUAAGUUCCUGCAUUUUCUUGAUUGAGGACGGCUGAGUUUUAUGAUUCCCUCUCGGUUGGCACGAUGGACACGGGAGAACGCACAAGUCUGACGACUGCUGCAAAGCGCUGCAGCGGAUAUGGGUUUCGCGAAGAAAACAAUUCAUAGCAAUGCACUCGGAUCACACCAUUAAAAAAUUAUCCAUCAUCGUUUGCAUAUC